GGCCUUUUCAGCACUCUCACUGCCCAUUACACGUCACCUACACAGGGCACCCCAUUUCGCAGUUCAUGCCGUCGUCUCGGAGAGGAUUUCGUUGACCCAUGUCGUCACGUGGUAGUUAUCACAACAAGAAGAGGGACAACUGCGAAGUGGAGACGCAUGUGACCGUCAAGAAAGGACGAUAUCAAGCGAAGAACAAGAAGGUUCUUGCGGAGGGCCCUUCGAGGAGAAGUGCCUUGAGGGAUGACGAAUGGGUGAGGGAUUUCGAGGGUGCCGGUUAUGACAAAGAUGUCAUAUCCGAAACCGAAGUGAAAGUCGUCAGGCAAGCAUUUGUGUGUGCACAAGGGGUGCUCCCCAACCCACGGUCGCGACAGCGGGACCGCGGCGGCGGACCCCCCGCGGCCGAUUGUCGUUGCGGGAUUUUCUUCGCCUCCGCUGUGCACUUCUGCAGCUUCUUUGGCGUCGGGAGCUAUCGCGGCAGUCCGCUGCGGAUCCUUGGGCAUCUUCUCUUCCGGUCGAUUUUCAAGUUCGUGAUCAUGGCGGACGCAGCGAAUGGUGCCUCCGAUGGCGUUGAGGUUGUUCCCCAUCAUGAGACGUACGGGGACAUCCAUCCGCCGGUGAAGGCCAAGAAUGUGGAGGAGCUCCACGCGCUGCAGAAGGCGGCAACGUCGGAGAAGGUCGUUCCUCCAGCGCAGUCGAUCAGCAAGUCGAUGGCGUCCAUCUCCGACGGCAAAGCCGUCGGUCAACGGCCGCGCUCGUUGCUGAGCGACACCGACCUGAAGGUCGCUCACGUGCUGUACAACCUCUCUCCCGGGGAGCUGUACGAGGAGGCGAUCAAGUACGAGCAGGGGUCGCACAUCACGUCCACCGGCGCGUUGGCCACGCUCUCCGGAGCGAAGACGGGUCGUUCUCCAAAGGACAAGCGCGUGGUGAAGGAGGACGAGACGCAGGCCGAUAUCUGGUGGGGGGAGGGGUCGCCGAACAUCGAGAUGGACGAGGCGACGUUCCUGGUCAACCGGGAGAGGGCCGUUGACUAUCUCAACUCGUUGGACAAGGUGUACGUGAACGACCAGUUCCUGAACUGGGACCCGCAGAACAGGAUCAAGGUGCGCAUCAUCACGGCGCGCCCGUACCACUCGCUCUUCAUGCACAACAUGUGCAUCCGGCCGAGCCCCGAGGAGCUGGAGGAUUUCGAGCCGGAGUUCACGAUCUACAACGCCGGGCGCUUCCCGUGCAACCGCUUCACGCACUACAUGACGUCGUCCACCACCAUCGACAUCCACCUGAAGAGGCGGGAGAUGGUCAUCCUGGGCUCGCAGUACGCCGGCGAGAUGAAGAAGGGCCUCUUCGGCCUGAUGAACUACCUGAUGCCGAAGAGGGGCAUCCUCUCGCUGCACUCGGGCUGCAACAUGUCCAAGGACGGGCAGGUGUCGCUCUUCUUCGGGCUGUCGGGGACGGGCAAGACGACUUUGUCGGCGGAUCCGAACCGGUAUCUCAUCGGCGACGACGAGCACUGCUGGAGCGAUAACGGGGUGUCCAACAUCGAGGGGGGGUGCUACGCCAAGUGCAUCGACCUGUCCAAGGAGAAGGAGCCGGAGAUCUGGAACGCGAUUCGCUUCGGCACCGUGCUGGAGAACGUCGUCUUCGACGAGCACACGCGGGUGGUGGACUUCACGGACAAGUCGGUGACCGAGAACACCCGGGCGUCCUAUCCCAUCGAGCACAUCGACAAUGCCAGGAUUCCCUGCGUGGGCCCGCACGCGAGCAACGUCAUCCUCUUAACAUGCGACGCCUUCGGCGUGCUCCCGCCGGUGAGCAAGCUCACGCUGGCGCAGACCAUGUACCACUUCAUGAGCGGCUACACGGCGCUCGUGGCCGGCACGGAGGUGGGCGUCAAGGAGCCCAAGGCGACCUUCUCCGCCUGCUUCGGAGCCGCCUUCAUCGUCUGGCAUCCGGCCAAGUACGCGUCCAUGCUGGCGGAGAAGAUGCAGAAGCACGGCGCCACUGCGUGGCUGGUCAACACCGGCUGGGUGGCGGGGAGCUACGGCACGGGCUACAGGAUGAAGCUGCCGCACACGCGCAAAAUCAUCGACGCCAUUCACGACGGCUCGCUGCUCCAGGCCAAGUACGCGUCGACGGACGUGUUCAGUCUUGCCGUCCCUGAUCAUGUCGAGGGUGUGCCCGAUGAGGUGCUGAUGCCGCAAAACAUGUGGCCGGACAAGGAGCUCUUCGACACGACGCUGAAGAAGGUCGGCGGGCUGUUCAAGGCCAAUUUCAAGAAGUUUGAGGACUACACCGUCGGAGGGGACAAGAAGCUCACGGAGGAGAUUCUUGCGGCCGGCCCUCAGCUGUGAGGGAGGGAGCGAAGGACCUGCUGCUGCUGGAACAUCAUCGGGCGGGCGGAAGGAUUUUGUAUCGUAUAUGCUCAGAAGUUAAAUGGUUGUUUGUUUGUUUGUAAUGAGCUGCUCGGUCAAAGCAGCAGAUUAGUCCGUGAUGGGAUCUGUAGAGAUACAUGCAGAGAGAAAAAGUGAGCGGAGGGAGAAGUGUUGCCGGACAACCACCGGAGGAGUACCACCUAGUGCGUACUUGUUGGCUGAAUAGUGAGGGGUCUGAGGACAAAUGAACAUUCUUUUUGGGUGAAAGCGUGGAAUAACCAGCAUCUUGUGCACGCACGCAUGCUCGGCAACUAGGACCAUUUUGCUGAAUAUCGAGGAGAAACGAACAAAUAUUAUUUUCUGGUGAUUGAGUGGAAUAAGCAGCAUCUUGCGCACGCACGCAUGCACAGCAGCAAAUGCCAUUGCGAGCGUAAUAAUUGAGACGACCCGCCAAUGAUGUCCAUGCCUGGCCGAGGUUUCGUUCUUGCAUUUUCGUUUUGUAAUGGUUUUGAGUUGUGUAUCUGCAAACCUGAGAUAUAUUUUACGGUGUAGAGGUUUUUUCUAUUCAAUUCUUUAACGAGGUCGGCCCAAUUUGAUCCGAUGUUGUCCGUCCGAUGUUGUCCGUUUUUGUCUCCAAAGCCCUGUUCGCGGGAUUCGAGACUGCGUCGAAAUAAUUCAUUCAGCGUGGUCGUGGAUUUUCUGGUACUUGCAAACAAUCCGUUUUUCACUCUUGUGUGUUUCGAUUCUUGCGCAAAAAGUCAUC